AUGUUAAAUAUUUUGCAUGUCCAAAUACUUAUUUCCCAAUAUUCUUUCUUUCUUUCUAUCUAUCUAUCUAUCUAUCUAUCUAUCUAUCUAUCUAUCUAUCUCUUUCAAUCAUAUUAUAAUAUUACUGAGCUGCUUUCCUUCAUUUUCUCUGUCUUUCCCUCUCUCUCUCGUUUCGAUUUCUCUCGCACAAAUUUUAUCAUUAAUCUGUUCGUUUUUCUCUUUUUCUCACUGUAUCAAAAUUGUUUCUUUUUUUUUUCUCGCUGUUCUUCUUCUGCCCUUUCUUUUGAUUUCUCUCUAAACCUCAGAUUAUUUCAUUUUCGCAUUUUACGCUUUGAUCAUGUCGUUGUCACAUGUUCACGACUCUCUCAUAAUUCCUUAUUUCUAUUUCCUGUUCAGUUACACGUCGUCCAUUUGCACAAUAUGGAACAACCUCUCGCCACCCCGCUGGCAGAUAUUCUCAUUUUAAACCAAUACAAUUAUUAUAAUAUCUAUCAAUCUAUCUAUCUAUCUAUCUAUCUAUCUAUCUGUUUCACAUUUGAACGCCUUUCUGCUGCUGAUGUUUCUGUUACAACAUCGUUUCAGUCGAUAUCUUAA